GAACAAUUCAAAAUGAAAUUACGGUUUUUAAUCUUCAGUGCCUUCGUGUGCUUUUUCGUCUUCCGCGCAGCAGAAGCGAGAGCAUACGCUAAGUCCACCGAUGGUGUCACAAGUAGCUCCACAUGGAGCAGCGGCGAACAAUCCAUGGACAGCAGCGGCAAAGGCGACAGCAAGAGCGAGAGCAACAGCAAGAGCGAGAGCGACAGCAAGAGCGAGAGCGGUAACAAGAUCGAGAACAGAAGCAGCGGCAAAGGCGACAGCAAGAGCGAGAGCAACAGCAAGAGCGAGAGCGACAGCAAGAGCAAGAGCGGUAACAAAAUCGAGAACAGCAGCAGCGGCAAAGGCGACAGCAAGAGCGAGAGCAACAGCAAGAGCGAGAGCGACAGCAAGAGCGAGAGCGGUAACAAGAUCGAGAACAGAAGCAGCGGCAAAGGCGACAGCAAGAGCGAGAGCAACAGCAAGAGCGAGAGCGACAGCAAGAGCAAGAGCGGUAACAAAAUCGAGAACAGCAGCAGCGGCAAAGGCGACAGCAAGAGCGAGAGCAACAGCAAGAGCGAGAGCGACAGCAAGAGCGAGAGCGGUAACAAGAUCGAGAACAGAAGCAGCGGCAAAGGCGACAGCAAGAGCGAGAGCAACAGCAAGAGCGAGAGCGACAGCAAGAGCAAGAGCCGUAACAAAAUCGAGAACAGCAGCAGCGGCAAAGGCGACAGCAAGAGCGAGAGCAACAGCAAGAGCGAGAGCGACAGCAAGAGCGAGAGCGGUAACAAGAUCGAGAACAGCAGCAGCGGCAAAGGCGACAGCAAGAGCGAGAGCAACAGCAAGAGCGAGAGCGACAGCAAGAGCGAGAGCGGUAACAAGAUCGAGAACAGAAGCAGCGGCAAAGGCGACAGCAAGAGCAAAAGCAGCGACAGUAGCAGUACCAGCAACAAAGGUGGCGGUAACGGCAAAGGUGCCGGCGAAGGCAAAGGUGGCGGUGAAAGCAAAGAUGCCAGUAGCACCAGCAACAACAGCAAAACCAGCGGCAGCGGUAGCAGCUGCGGUAAAGGUGGCAGCGAAGGCAAAGGUGGCACCAACAAGGGCAAGAGCGAGGGCGAAAGCGGUAAGAAGGACAAAGUCGAGAGCAAGAGCGUUAGCACGAGCAACGGCAGCAGCGAAGGCAAAGAUGGCCACACCAAGAGCGCGAGCACGGCCCAAAGCGCGUCCCAGAGCAACAUCAGCAGCAAAGGCAAAGGUGGCACCAACAAGGGCAAGAGUGAGGGCGAAAGCGGUAAGAAGGACAAAGUCGAGAGCAAGAGCGUUAGCACGAGCAACGGCAGCAGCGAAGGCAAAGAUGGCCACGCCAAGAGCACGAGCACGGCCCAAAGCGCGUCCCAGAGCAGCAUCAGCAGCGAAGGCAAAGGUGGCACCAACAAGGGCAAGAGCGAGGGCGAAAGCGGUAAGAAGGACAAAGUCGAGAGCAAGAGCGUUAGCACGAGCAACGGCAGCAGCGAAGGCAAAGAUGGCCACACCAAGAGCACGAGCACGGCCCAAAGCGCGUCCCAGAGCGACAUCAGCAGCGGAGGCAAAGGUGGCACCAACAAGGGCAAGAGCGAGGGCGAAAGCGGUAAGAAGGACAAAGUCGAGAGCAAGAGCGUUAGCACGAGCAACGGCAGCAGCGAAGGCAAAGAUGGCCACACCAAGAGCACGAGCACGGCCCAAAGCGCGUCCCAGAGCGACAUCAGCAGCGGAGGCAAAGGUGGCACCAACAAGGGCAAGAGCGAGGGCGAAAGCGGUAAGAAGGACAAAGUCGAGAGCAAGAGCGUUAGCACGAGCAACGGCAGCAGCGAAGGCAAAGACGGCCACACCAAGAGCACGAGCACGGCCCAAAGCGCGUCCCAGAGCAGCAUCAGCAGCGAAGGCAAAGGUGGCACCAACAAGGGCAAGAGCGAGGGCGAAAGCGGUAAGAAGGACAAAGUCGAGAGCAAGAGCGUUAGCACGAGCAACGGCAGCAGCGAAGGCAAAGAUGGCCACACCAAGAGCACGAGCACGGCCCAAAGCGCGUCCCAGAGCGACAUCAGCAGCGGAGGCAAAGGUGGCACCAACAAGGGCAAGAGCGAGGGCGAAAGCGGUAAGAAGGACAAAGUCGAGAGCAAGAGCGUUAGCACGAGCAACGGCAGCAGCGAAGGCAAAGAUGGCCACACCAAGAGCACGAGCACGGCCCAAAGCGCGUCCCAGAGCGACAUCAGCAGCGGAGGCAAAGGUGGCACCAACAAGGGCAAGAGCGAGGGCGAAAGCGGUAAGAAGGACAAAGUCGAGAGCAAGAGCGUUAGCACGAGCAACGGCAGCAGCGAAGGCAAAGAUGGCCACACCAAGAGCACGAGCACGGCCCAAAGCGCGUCCCAGAGCGACAUCAGCAGCGGAGGCAAAGGUGGCACCAACAAGGGCAAGAGCGAGGGCGAAAGCGGUAAGAAGGACAAAGUCGAGAGCAAGAGCGUUAGCACGAGCAACGGCAGCAGCGAAGGCAAAGAUGGCCACACCAAGAGCGCGAGCACGGCCCAAAGCGCGUCCCAGAGCAACAUCAGCAGCGAAGGCAAAGGUGGCAACACCAAGAACAAGAGCGAGGCCCAGGGCAAGGUCGAGAGCGAGGGCGAGAGCAAAGGCAACAGCAACUAUAUGGCUGAAAAGUCAGAGAGCUCUAGCAGCAGCAGCAGCAGCAGCAGCAGCAGCAGUGAAAGUACAAAUGACAAAUAG